UUGAGAAUAAACAGCUUGCAGAUCCACAAAAUAGUGGGUCAAGUUUAUCUCGAAAAUUAGCGUCCUUUUCGGAGAAGGGAAAGAUGUAUUGCAGAAGGCGUAGUGUUUUGCUAUGUAAAAGAAGAAAAGGAGAAAGCAGAAGGAGCUCCAGUUUUUGACAACAAAAUUUUUUGAUCUCUUUACUCAUGCUGAUGGGUAGUCUUCCAGAAGCUGAUAGAAUCAGCUCUCUACCAGACUGCAUCCUAGAAUCCAUUGUCUCCCUCUUGCCCAUAAGAGAAGCAGGCAGGACUUGUAUUUUUUCUAAGAGAUGGAGGUACGUAUGGGCUUCUGCUCCCUCAUUGAACAUGACAGAUGAUACUGGCAAAAUCAAGUUCUCCAAAGAUUUAAACUGGUCUUUUAUCGGUGAGCAAGCCCUUUCUCUCCACAACGGCCCCAUUCUAGAUUUUCAAUUGUACACACGAGCAGGUCAAUGUGAUUUGGAUCAAUGGAUACCUUUGUUAACAAGAAAAGGCCUGCAAAAACUCAAACUGAACUUCCAUCGUGAGUUGAAAAAAGGAGUGAAUGGCAUUAUUUUGAUGAGUUAUAGAAUGCACACUUCUCUAUUUUCUUGUAGCUCUUUGGUGUCUUUGGACUUGACAUUUUGCUCACUCAAUCCCUCUUGCGAUUACAAGGGCUUACCAUCUCUCAAGAAUCUCACUCUAGCUGUGGUGAGGCUCAAUGAUAGCAUAUUGGAGUCUCUAGUUUCAGGGAGUGGGCGGUUGGAGAAAUUACGACUAUUGGGUUGUGAUGGCCUUUCCCAUCUCAAAAUUCAUGCCUCCAACCUUUUAUUUUUAGAUGUAGAAUGCAAAUUUAAUGCCAUAAAUUUGAGUAAAAGUUCCAACUUGAAGCAGAUUAUCUUAUUUCAAUGCGAACGGGAUAAUGCCUUUGCUUCCAUGUCUAGCAAAGUUCUGGAGGGUCUCCCCCUUGGAUUAAUGGUGCUUUUCUCUCAUGAUUCUUUUAUGCAGUAUUUUUUUGGAGCAGAUGUUCCUGUGAGACUCUCUACCACUUACAAUAAUCUCAGGUAUUUUUCUCUGAGUUUAAAUACAAGCAAGAUAAUGGAGGUUAAGGGCUUUGUUUGUCUUCUGAGAAGUUUCCCAUACUUGGAAUAUCUCGCAAUUCAGGUUUCUUACCAUAGACAGCUUGAAAGCCAAAGUGAUCGAUGCUUUUGGGAAACCAUGAUUUGUCAAUCUGGAUCAUGGUUGAGUCACCUUAGAGGAGUGCAAAUAACGCUGGGAGAGAUUCGGUCAGAAGAUAUGGAAUUAAUUAAGUUCUUGCUAUUGAGCACCACAGUGCUGUAUAAAUUCUUCAUCGAGACAAGCAAAGGCAUGGAUCAAGCCAAACAAUUAAGCCUCGAAAAGCAGUUGCUCUCGCUUCCGAAAGCUUCUUCUCGUGCCAAGAUCAUAUUAAAAAACUCCAGUUAAGACUUGCAACUUUUCGAAACCAAAUCUCUUAUUUGGUUAGUGUUUGGGGAAGAAUGCUUAUUGUCUAUAAUCAAUACAUUUUGAAAGAAUGAUUAUCAUAUUGACUGAGGAAGAAUGCUCAUUGUCUAUCAUCAAUACAUUUUGAAAGAAUGAUUAUCAUA